AUGGUUACCCCACCUAGUUCAACAUCCGAUGUGCCCCCACCCCGGUCGUUCGAUGGCCACGACUGGCCCGUAGCCGCGCCACCUGGCCCAGGCCCAGUCGUGAGAGGAUCAGCCCCAGUCGCAACUGCUCUAGCGCAAAGCAACUCAUUCGGCAUUGACAACCUAGAACUGAUGCACCAAUUCGCAACAGAAACAUAUGCAAGUCUCUGUAUCAGCGACUCGGAGAGCAAAGUCUGGCAAACAGCCAUCCCCAGGCUGGCCCUCAAACACCCCUACUUAAUGAAUGGCAUCUUGGCACUAGCCUCAAUGCACAUCGCAACAACCUGCCUUGCACCAUAUGAAGCACAGCUCUAUCUUGACACAGGACUGCAGUACUACAACCGCAGCAUAACGCCAUUCCGCAACGCGAUUGACAGCAUCACACCACAAAACUGCAAUGCCGUCUUCGCGCAUUCGAUAGUGAUGAUUGCUGUCAGCAUUGCCUCGCCGCGACUGACCGCCACGAAGGACGAGAGUACUAGCAUCACGGAGAACAUUGUCGUUCUGUUUGAGCUAUUGCAAGGCGUGAAGAAGAUUCUGCAGGUCAGCAAGUCAUGGAUUAAUCUGCAACUGUUCUCGCAAGGCGAGUACUGGAAGACCACCCCUGUUGAAGUAGACCCUGAUACUGGGGCAGCGCUGGCACAUCUAGCUGCGCUCAACGACCUGGUUAUGAUCGGGAUUUACUCUGAACAGCACCGUAUUAAUAAGGAUGUUAUCACGCACUUGCGACAUUGUUAUGCCAAGUUUGCGCGCUCGCCGGAUCCGGCGCCUGUACUUGCUUGGUUGGGGGCUAUUCAAAAGGAUUUUGUGGAUAGUCUGAAAUGUCGGCAGCCGUUUUCAUUGCUCAUUCUUAUGUACUGGGGUGUGCUACUGAUGGAACUCGAUGGGAAGCGGUGGUGGGCACGGAAUGCAGGGAGAGCACUGGUCUGGGAGUUGUUCGAAGCUCUAAGAGAUGGGGAUCCGCGGUGGGAGGGCGCUCUUACUUGGGUGCAGGGAAAGCUACGGCUUUAA